AUGGCCGGGGACCCGCGACUUCCCGGCGGCAUCGACCGGAUCAGCGGCCUCACGGACGACCUGCUCGGGCACAUCCUGUCCUUCAUGCCGGUCUGGGACGCCGUGCGCUUGUCCGCGCUCUCCAGGCGGUGGCGGGGCGCCUGGACCCACGCCCCCGUCCUCAACAUCUCCGAUGAGCAGCGCCCCGACCGGUUCCUAGACUUCGCCGGCGCCGCGCUCGCGCGGUACGGCCAGCCCGACAUCCCAUCGCUCGACGUGACCAUCGGUCGCCGGUCCAAUCUCGGCCCCGCCACGGCCGCUUGGCUCCGCGGCGCCAUGGAGCACGUCGUCGGAUCUAUCUGCGUCAAGGUGGACCGGCACACCCCUGCGCUGGAUCAGCUGGUUCUGCCACGCAGCCUGCGAGCCAGGGCCAUGACCUUGGACUUGAGCGGCGAUGUCCUCUCCAAAGGCGUGCUCGUCCUCCCGGAGCCUGCCGAACCUGCCGCUUUCCGGCGGUUGACAGAGCUGAGCCUCUCCAGCGUGCGUCUGCAGGUGCAGGCAGACAGGCUUGGCGAGUUCUUGUCAUCGUGCUUCCCCCAGCUGAGGAAGUUGCGCCUUCGCAAAGUUUGCAAUGUGGCCGCGAAGCCGAGGCUGUGGCCACUGAUGCUCGACAUGGACAUGCUCGAGGAGCUGGAGGUCGACAGCAUCCACCAACUAUCGGUGCUGCAGGUGGUGGCUCCCAAACUCCGGCUGCUGACCGUGAGACACAGCUUCGAGAGUCUGGCGUUGCUCCGCGCCGACAUCGUGUUCAAGGUCUCCGCGCCUGGGCUGGAGGCGAUCAGCUGGACCGGCUGGUUCCCGAAGCAGCUGAACUUCCUACCCGACGCGCAAUGUGUCCGUCGACUGUCCGGCAUCAUUGUCGACUGGCCCAGCAUAUCGUGGGCUGACUACUGCUUGCCGGGUGUCGUGCAGUUGCUCGAGACAUGCUCUGGAGCUGACCGGCUAGAUCUUUCUGUCGACAUCUAUGAUGGAUGGAUUCCAUCCAUGGUAUCAAAACAGGACUUCAUGGAACGCAUGCCACACCUUCCCAACAUCAGGACACUUUCCCUGACGAUCGUCACGAUUCUUCGAUUUCUCCGCUCUCCAAUUGGUGAAAUUGUCUUUUGCUUCCUUAGGCGAUGCCCGAACCUAACUCUGCUUCACAUCGAUCUAUCGACGCUGCACCAGUUUACAAGGCAGGAUCCGCAUUGUCUUGUGUUUCCGGAUGAUGAUGCUGAAACUAAACCUGCAAAGCCAUGUCAAGACCGUGAAUACGAUCCGCCUAAAGCACACAAAUACCAAUUACAACUAGCUUCUCUUCGAAAGAUAAGAAUCAGUGGCUUUGCCGGAACGGAUGCUGAGAUGGAGCUCGCCGAUCUUCUUUUCGGAAUUGGAGCCGAGCGGUCGGCGCUCGAGAGGAUAUUUAUAUCAUCAUUUGCACAGCUGAAGGAUCGCAUUGGCAGGAUCGCCCAGAAGAUGAGGGCUCGGUUCCCUCUUGCAGGAGGGCGCUGGGAAACCUCCCCCUUGGAAGAGAUCACGUGGACGAAGAACAAUGACGGACUGGAAAGAUCAAAUGCUCUUAGAUCAACAAUCAUAACGUAG